UUCGUUUCUUAUUCAGCACUUCACUUGUUUACCUAUUAUUAAAAACAAUAUUACACGAAUAAUAAAAGAUCUCUGAUUUAGAGUUACUUAAAGGUUUCUAAUUUGUGACAACUUAGCGCAUCGAAAUUUCAUCAUGUCGAAUGUUAUGGAUUCUACAUUAAGGGAACAAAUUAAUGAAGCAUCGCGCGUUGCAGAGGAGUUUACUAAAAUCUAUUAUGAUAUUGUUGAUAAGAAGAAAUCGAUCCAAAAAUUAUACAUGGAUAAUGGAUUAUUAGUUUAUAAUGGAAAUGGAUUUCAAGGGGAAUCCAUUGGUAACUUUUUGAAAUCAUUACCUGAUACAACUCACCAGAUGACAACAUUAGAUGCACAGCCAAUCUUAGAUUCAUCUGCUGGAAAGAGCUAUUUGAUUCAAGUUUCGGGAACUGUAAAAAUUUACAGCCAAAAAAGCAGAGCAUUUCAACAAUCAUUUCUCAUAACUGCUCAAGACAAUAAAUGGAAAAUUGUCACCGACACUUUUAGAUUGCAAGAUGGUAUUUGUGGGGAAAUUAAAUUGUAAUGUUUUCAUAAAUCAGAAUAAAACGUAUCUCUUAAAUCAUGUAGAAGAAAUUGAAUCGAAUUAUGGGUAAUUCCACUC